GUACUUAGCGGCAGCUGAACUGGUCGUAAGCUUCGAACAAGGGGGUUCGGUAGUUAACUACUUGUCUGGCAGUUGGCGGUCAGCUCGACUGCGAGGAGGAGAGGAGUCACUUUGCUUUCGGCCGUGCUAGUGGAUGGACGUGCUGCUUCGUCUCUCUGCCCGCUUCUGUCGUAUGCUUGGUUUGCUUCACUACAUGAAGACUUUUUUGCUUUUCCUUUUACUUGUGUGCUAUUGCAAGGGUAAAAGUGCUAGAGAUAUUGAGCUGGAGUCAGACCAUGAUGAGCAAGAGGAAGAAGAGGAGGAAGAUCUUGAUUCAGUGCAUGAGCUAGAGCCUGAACCUGAGUUAAAGCGUGAGGCAGAGCGUGACAACAAGCCAGGUGUGAAGUUGGAACCAGAAGAUGAACUUGAGCUAGAGCGAGACCAUCAUUCAGAACAGAAACCAACAUCACUUCCAAGAGAGGAUGAACGCCAUCAGACAGGGGUGAGCUCUUGCUCAUUACCACAUAAAGAUGUUCAGUCUUUGGAAGUAGAUUUUGACUUCAGCCAUAGGCACCAAGCCAGAGACAACACUGCAGUCAAAGAAGAAAGUGGGGGGGGGAAAGAUAAAUAUGACAAAAAGGGUUCUGAAGAUGCACCUAUGGAAGAUAUGUCUGACUAG